AUGUUACUCCCAUCUGCGUUGCCUUGCGAUAUGCGCCGCCCCUCAGCAGCGCGAUCGCGCCUGACACCUAGUCGCUUAUUCGGGACUCCUCCCCCGUCAGACGGCGAUUUUCCGCCCAACAACGGACUCAUGGGUACUUGUCGUGCCCUUCAGUCGCUCCUUAAUGUCUCCCCAGCGCCAUCUCCUCGACGAACCAAACCUCAACGCCUCCAAAGCCCCCUCCAGAUCCGACCUCCUUCUUCCGCCCCGUCGCGGAAGCAGAAGCAAACGCAGAAAGAGCAGUCCAUCGCAUCGUCAUCGUCAUCAUUAUUAUCAUCAUCAUCAUUAUCAUCAUCAAUAUCAUUGUCAUCCCCUAAACCUCUGCCUGCUCGUGGCGCCAACAAACGUCGUCGCGAUGCCUAUGAGGAAGGCCAUGAUGAAGAAGCCGAUCACCCAGCCGAUGCGCAAACUCCCUCCCAUCACACCCGGUUCUCAACCCCCAAACGCCGCCGAUACGUCCCCUAUGACCUUCCGCUAGGUCUGUCACAGUCAGACUUUUAUGCUCUUCACUCUCCACCUAUCACACAAUCACCUCCUUCCCCAGCGCAGCUGCGCAACAUAGACCAGAACCAUCAAGACCGCGCCUCAUCGUUCGAUCCCGAUGCCGCGCUACCUUCUAUUGAGGAAGUGCAUGAACCGCUCCCGUCACAGUCGGAUACCUGGACAUCAGAAGAUGAUCAACGCCUUGUGGACCUAGUUUUAGAGAAGUUUCAACUCUCCAAACGAGACUGGGACGACUGCGCACGUCGCAUGGGCAAGGAUAACGACAGCGUCGGUCGUCGAUGGCAAGCGCUUCUCGGCGAUGGAGACGUAGGAUUGCGACGAGGACGACGUAUGGUCCGAGGGCGUAUAGAUGAGGCCUGGAUGUAG